AUGGCAGGGAAACACCAUGACGAACCCAAGGAUGGACAUUCACAUGACUUCAAAGUGAAAUUUAAUGCCAGUGACCCUGAAGAGUACACCAUUCACUGUGAUCAGCCUCGCACAGUGCUGGAGGCAAUAAAAUCGAGUAAAAGAUAUAAUGAACUGAAUUGUACUGAUGAAAACAUUGUAAUUCAGCUCGGUAAGGCAGACGGGGAAUGUGCUGUUGCAACACAUUUUCCUUGUUCUUGCGUAGGGGAUGGGGCUUUACUUAUCCUAUCAUGUAAACCAGAAAAGAUUGAAGGGGUCCUAAACAAACCCUCUGAAAUAGUACAUCCAAGAAACAGAUACUCUGUGUUCUACAUUGAUACAGUGGGAGGAAAAAACGCCAAGUCAAAAAAGCUUUUUAAAAGUACAGCAAUGAAACAGUUUAAGUAUCUGUGUGUCUAUGGAGAGAAAGGGAUGACUGUGGAAGAAUGUCUGAAAAGAGACGGUCGCUUCAUUGAUAACAUCGGUGACUUUGAGCUGUCUGACAAUGAAAAUCCAAAGCGCCUUACCGAGGAUACGCAAAAGGUUGACAACCUAGAUACAAAAAGAUUUAAGAUAUGUCUUCCACUGAACAAGAAUACAAAGGCAAACGAUGAAAAACAGCAGGAAGGGCCAUGUGCAUCAAAUAGUUCACAACACAAGACUGACUUAGUACCAGUCUCAAAAGUCUUAGAAGUAGCAAAGCAGAGAGGAACCAGUGUGAAAACAUUUCUGGAUAAAAGUGGCAGCAGUGUGAACAGCAAUGUGGACACUGUGGAGAUUUAUGGAAUAUUGCGUCAGCAGUUUCCAAAUCUGAAAAAAUUAAUGGAGAGUCGAUUCCCAGGUGAUUCUUAUGAGAAAGCAGUGAAUCUGAGGAGGGAAAACUUUGGAAAGAUCCAGAAGUCCUUUAGUGAAGUUCACAGAGUCCGAAAACUGCUGGAACUGAGCAAGUCAGUCUGUAAAGUUGUUGUUGAGAAUGGUCGUACAGGAACAGGCUUCGUACUGUUUGAUAACUUGAUCCUGACUAACGCACAUUUAUUCAAAGAUUGUGUUGAUGGAGAAAAUCUGCAGGAGGGUAUAAAUGUGUUUGCUUUGUUUAAUUAUGAUGAUCCUGAGCCUCACAUGAAUUACAGCUGCUUUACUGUUAAGAAAACACUCAUUGACUUCAGUGAUGCUGAACUAGAUGAUUAUGCUGUACUUGAGCUCAACCCUGAGGGCCGGAAACCCAACCAAAAUACAGGGACAGUAAAGGUGCCACCAGGGCUCCUGAAGAAAUUUGGUCCAGUGCCUCAGAAUGGUGAAGCCUGUCUUAUUGGCCACCCAGCAGGAGAAAUCAAACAAAUGGAUCCCACAUGCAUCAUUGAGAAAGAGAACAGAGGAAAGGCUGUCGAUGAUCAUUUAAAGCCAAACAUAGACACCUUAUUCAUGCUCCACUCAAUCAGUCAAGUGAUCAGAAAUCAAGGCAUUGAAAACAUCUUCAUGGGUGGAAAUAAAGCAGAGAGAGUAGUGACCUACAAAACAUUCAUGUAUCACGGCUCUUCUGGCUCCCCAGUGUUUGAUGCUCAUUGCAGAGUGUUUGGUUUGCACACAGCAGGAUAUACCUAUGUGUUUAAAAACCAUACAGAGAGUGUAAUAGAGUACGCCCAACCCCUGCUUACUAUAUUUAAAAGAUUACUGACCAAGAUUAAGAAAAGUGGAAAUGAGGAACUGUUGAAGAGAGUUAAGGAGGAAGCAAAGGGAAACCCACACCUGAAAGAGGUUGUAAAAGUUGAGCCUGAAGACAUUGAUGAGCCAAUGGAUACUGAAUAG